AUGGAAGAUAUCGUUAGUCAAGGAAGUCAAACAAAGGCUUCUAAGACAGUUUUGCAUCACCUGACUCACAUCUUAUUGCUUAUCGACAGAAGUAUCGGUCUACGUCAUUUAUUUUUGAUAUCUAUUCUAAUAUUCUAUUCCGUUUUGGGUGGAUAUGUUAUAUACUACUUCGAAUCAAGUGCAGAGGCAGUGGCAAUUCCAGCUAAAAAAGCACAGCUCGACAGUAGAAUUAUGGAAAUCGUUUUGCGAUAUAAAAACGGCAAUUCCAAUCUGACAUUAUCAGAGAAGACAGCGGCUUUAAAGAAAGACUACAUUGCAAUGUUAAACACUGACGGGUUGCUUAAAUGGUCCACAUUUUACAAAACCGAUGAACCUAAUCACUGGAAAUGGACAUUUGGAAGUAGCCUCUUUUAUGCGUCGAAUGUAUUUACAACAACUGGAUACGGCUCGAUUGCUCCGGAUACGUUUGCAGCUAAGUGUUUCACCAUGUUCUACGGGACCAUAUUUGUUCCCUUAACCUGGAUCAUCAUCCGUGAUAUCGGACAGCUAGCCCUUGUCUAUCUUACUACCGCAUAUGCUCGGCUCAAACUGAGAUUCACGAAUGCUGGCGAGAAAUCCGAUGAGGUAUUCAUGCUUCCAAUUUCAAUAUGUCUAGGGAUAUGUAUACUCAUCAUGUUGUGCGGAACCGUGUAUGUGCAUUCCUACGAUGCGCUGUCAGGUCCUCCUGAUUCGGGAUUGAGUUGGUUCCUUUCUUUUUACUUCACUUUUCAAUCAUUCACGACUAUUGGUCUCGGCGACGUUAUGCCCAAUAAUAUUCCGUUUGACGUAUUCAUCUGUUCGGUAUUCUUCUUCAGCUUACCUAUGCUUAAAGUUAUAAACAGAAUGUGUUAUUUGAGUAUGGAGAACGGAGUACAUGGGUCAUUUUCUAUAAUAAGUAACAAAAUGGAAGCUUUUGUUCGUAAGGAGAAAACAUCGCCUGAGACAGGAUCGAGGGAAUCGAAGACGACGGAUGAAGAGAAACCGGCCGACGAAGUCGAUAUGACUAACCAAUUGACAAUUCACUCAAUCGCAACGUUCAUGCAGUCGAACGCGGAUGUUUAUGGCGGAAGUUUUGGACGUGUGAACCUACGGAAGUCAGAUAUUGAACCUGAAUGUCCGUAA